GGAAGGGCCUCAGCGCUGGCGGCGUAGGGGUCACGGGUUCGAGUCCGGGUACCGGCGGCGGUGGGGCGGCUAUGGCGCGGCGGGCCGUGUUGUUCGACCUUGGCGGCGUGCUCUUUCGGCCCGGCCUGCAGCAAUUCCUGGGCUCCUGCGAGCGGGACUGCGCUCUGCCCAGGAAUUUCUUGCAAAACGUCAUGUUUGCCGGCGGAUCCGACAGUCCUUAUGCCAAAGCCAUGAGGGGACAGAUCACCCUGUCCCAGCUCUUUUCGGAGAUGGAAGAGGGCUGCAGGCAGCACGCCUCCGCCUCGGGCAUCGUCCUGCCGCCCACCUUCUCCGUCACCCGAGCCUUCGAGGAGAUGGCAGCCGAGGGGACGGUCAAUGCCCCCCUUCUGCGGGCAGCGAGGGUGCUGCGCAGGAACGGAUUUAAGACCUGUGUCCUCACCAACAACUGGGUGGAUGACAGCGCGGGGCGGCUCUUCACGGCCACGCUGAUGAACCUGCUGCACCGUCACUUCGACCUGGUGAUCGAGUCCUGCCGGCUCGGAGCGCGGAAGCCAGAUCCCCAGAUCUACACCUACGCCCUGGAUGCGCUGCGGGCAAAACCGCAGGAGGUCAUCCUCCUGGACGACAUCGGGGAGAACUUGAAGCCGGCCCGGGAGAUGGGCAUGGCCACCGUCCUCGUCAGGGACACCGAAACCGUCCUGAAGGAGCUAGAGGAGCUCUCGGGUCUCCAGCUUCUCACCCAAGAAGAGCCGCUGCCAACUGCGUGUGAUCCAUCCGAUGUGACCCACGGAUACGUGCCCAUCCGGCCCGGCGUCCAGCUGCACUUUGUGGAAAUGGGGCACGGCCCCAUCGUCUGCCUCUGCCACGGCUUCCCCGAGUCCUGGCUCUCCUGGCGCUACCAGAUCCCAGCUUUGGCUGAUGCCGGCUUCAGGGUGAUCGCUCUGGAGAUGAAGGGCUACGGGGAGUCCACGGCCCCGCCGGACAUAAAAGAAUAUUCCCAGGAGCAGAUAUGCAAGGACCUGGCGGUUUUCCUGGACAAACUGGGCAUCCCACAGACCGUGCUGGUCGGCCACGACUGGGGCGGUGCUGUGGUCUGGAACAUGGCUCUCUUCUACCCCGAGAGGGUGAGAGCCGUCGCCUCGCUGAACACCCCGUACCGACCCGCCGACCCCGCUGUGGACAUCGUGGAGAAGAUGAAAACCUACCCCACCUUUGAUUACCAGUUCUAUUUCCAGGAGCCGGGUGUCGCAGAGGCAGAGCUCGAGAAGGACAUCAGCCGGACCCUGAAGGUCCUGAUCCGCUCCACGCGCCAGGAGGACCGCCUGCCCUUCGCGCUCAACUUCCACAGGGUCCAGGAGCGAGGGGGGCUGCUGGUGGGCUUCCCAGAAAACCCCCCCGCCAGCAAGAUCCUGGCCGGCCCCGAGCUGCAAUACUACAUCCAGCGCUUCGAGAAAUCCGGCUUCAGUGGCCCCCUGAACUGGUACCGCAACAUGCGACCCAACUGGCGCUGGGCUCUCUCUGCCAAGGACAGGAAGAUCACAAUGCCAGCCCUGAUGGUCACAGCCGGGAAGGAUGUGGUGCUCCAUCCCAGCAUGAGCAAGGGCAUGGAGGAGUGGAUCCCGCAGCUGCGCCGGGAGCACAUCGAGGAGUGCGGGCACUGGACGCAGAUGGAGAGGCCGGCGGUGCUGAACAGGAUCCUGGUGGAGUGGCUGGAGGGGCUCCCCCCCGACACCCCCUUGCCCAAGAUCUCCAGGCUGUGAGCGGGGGGCCCUACCCCGUGCCUUCCCCCCUUCCUGGGAUGAUUGUGCCUUUAGGGUUUGAUUGUUUGAUUUUUUUUUUUUUUUUUUUUUAACUUUUAGGGUUGGAUUUUUACCUUUAGGGCUCGAUUUGUAUUUUGGGGGGGUUGAUGGGUGGAAGCGAUGGGUGAGCCGGGGCUGGGAGGAGGGUAGCACAAAGCAUCGCCCCUACUUUGUGCAGCUAAAAGGUCCCAGUGAGCUCUCGUGGGGGUCCUGGCGUGCUGGGAGAUGGUUUGGGGUUGGACCCAUCCUCGUGCCAUGGCAGGGGCUGCAUCGGGGCUGCCCUAUCCCCCCGACCCCAUCCCAGGGGCUUCCCUCGCUUGGGGGGUUUGUGUCCCGGGUUGUGGCCACUCGUGCCGCGUGGUUGGUUUUGGCGUGGAGGUUUUAAUGCACUAAUAACGAAUGCUGCCUGAGAAAUCACCUUCUGCUUUGUAACGUUGAGAAAUAAAGCACAAAGUCACCCGA